GGAGGGAAACCACCCGGAUGACUACAGCCGGCUGACCUACAAGAACCUCCUGGAGGAGGUUUGCCGUUUCGCCAACGUUCUCAAAUCGAGAGGCGUAAAAAAGGGGGACCGCGUCGCCGUCUACAUGCCCAUGAUUCUCGAGGCGGUGGUCACUUUGCUGGCCUGCGCCCGAAUCGGCGCCGUCCACUCACUAGUGUUCGCAGGAUUCUCUUCAGACUCUUUCGCCGAGCGCAUUGUCGAUUGUGAGGCGCGCGUGAUCGUGACCGCCGACGGAGUUUGGCGGGGCGAAAAAAUGCUUCAGCUGAAGAGCAUUUGCGAUCAUGCGAUGAGCAAAUGCUCCAAGGAGGGCCACAAUGUCGAAACGUGCAUUGUCGUGUCGCAUUUGGAGCGAGUCACUGUACCUAAGGGCGCUGUCCAGCCGAAGCCCAGCAACAGGACACCCAUGGCAGCAGGACGGGACGUGUGGUGGCAGGAGGUGGUUCCCCAAGCGUCCACCAGCUGCUACCCCGAGUGGAUGGAAGCGGAAGAUCCGCUGUUCAUGCUCUACACCAGCGGAUCGACCGGAAAACCCAAAGGGGUGGUGCACACCACUGGCGGCUACCUGCUUUAUGCCGCCACCACUUUCAAGUUUGUGUUCGACUAUAAGCCGAGCGACGUUUAUUGGUGUACUGCGGACAUUGGCUGGAUCACUGGACACUCCUACGUGGUGUACGGGCCCUUAGCGAAUGCGGCCACAUCGGUUUUGUUCGAGGGCACGCCCUUCUAUCCAGGAAACGAUCGGUUCUGGUCCGUGGUGGACAAGUACAAAGUGAGCCAGUUCUAUACGGCACCGACCGCCAUCAGGGCCUUAAUGAAGUUCGAUGACCAUCUAGUUACCAGGCACGAUCUGUCCACGCUUCGCGUGUUGGGGUCGGUGGGGGAACCCAUCAAUCCAGAAGCCUGGCUGUGGUACCAUAAACUAGUGGGACAAGAGCGGUGCUCAAUCGUGGACACUUUCUGGCAGACGGAGACCGGAGGACACGUGUUGACCACACUGCCGGGAGCGCAUCCCAUGAAGCCUGGAGCGGCUGGGUUUCCGUUCUUCGGCGUGCAGCCGGUUAUCUUGGACGAGAGCGGCAAGGAAAUCAAGGGCGAGGGCGAGGGCUACUUGGUGUUCUCCAGACCUUGGCCCGGAUUGAUGCGCACCCUGUAUGGCAAUCAUGAUCGAUACGAGCUGACCUAUUUCUCCAAAUUUCCCGGAUAUUACUGCACAGGAGAUGGGGCAAAACGCGACGCUGAUGGCUACUUAUGGGUAACUGGCCGUGUAGACGACAUGCUAAACGUCUCAGGGCACCUGAUGUCCACCGCAGAAGUAGAAGCUGUGCUAACUGAGCACCAUGGUGUGGCUGAGGCGGCUGUUGUCGCCAAACCGCACCCAGUCAAAGGAGAGUGUCUUUACUGUUUCAUCACGCUAACCGAGACUGGAAAAUUUGAGGAAAAACUCCUCAAGGAGCUGAAGACGCACAUUCGGGAGCGGAUCGGCCCGUUUGCUCAGCCCGAUGUGAUCCAGAACGCCCCGGCGCUCCCAAAGACAAGGAGCGGCAAAAUAAUGAGGCGGAUAUUGAGGAAAAUCGCCAUUAACGACAGGGAUGUUGGUGAUAUUAGCACACUGGCUGAUAGCAGUGUUGUGGAUCAACUGUUUGCCAGCCGACCACAGAACGCUUAAAUUAAUUCUAGCUUAACUCAGGCCAAAUGCUUCUGCAAACUUAAACACAUGUUUAGUGUUCUCAGUGUUGUCAAAGCCAUAUUGGCUUGUUGCAGAUCCGCCAAUCAUCGAGCUAUCGGAGGGAUCAGACACUUAAAUUUGACCGUUUUCAUAUAAUUGACUUAAACUGUUUGCAUUUUGCACAAGACUGCUGUAUAAACAACGUCAGCCUUAAAAACGUAAAAAACAUAUCAUUCCACAAGAAUUCCAUAUUAUUUUUGUUUAGGGAAUAUAUGCGAAUAUAGGAAAAUACGCUUAAUUGUACACACCUAGUUAAGAACAUACUGUUAAUGUAAUUAAAAUAAAUGUUAUCAGUGAUA